GCGCAUUAGUGUGCGGCAGCAACCAGGAAGUGCAGUGACAGAUCGAAGGUAACGUUGAGCUGCUGCUGUUGUUUCCACUCAAAGUUUAGCGAUGGACUGGAUCGGGUUCAGCUACGCUGCGGCCAUCGCCCUCGGAGGAUUCAUGGGAUACAAGAGAAAAGGCAGCGUGAUGUCCCUCAUGGCUGGGUUAGUCUUUGGUGGAUUAGCUGCUUAUGGUGCCUACAACAUCUCUAAUGAGCCAAAGGACAUUAAGGUCUCAUUGAUUGCCUCUGGAACCCUUGCAGUAGUCAUGGGAAUGAGAUACAAGAAGUCUGGAAAAUUAUUGCCUGCUGGGAUUAUGUCGGGGCUAAGUUUGUUGAUGGUGUUUCGACUUUUGCUCCUGAUCAUGGCUUGAGUGCAGGAACGGCCCCGACCAGACUGAGGAGACACUGUCGGUGUCUCGAUGAACUAAGAGAACGUCGUUCCAUGUCAGCACACUAAAACCAGACAUCUGCUACUUGUAAUAACAUGCACUGAUACGACAGCUUGGUAUUUAAAUGUGUCCUGUUUUGAAAGAGUUCAUUCCAAACCAUCAGUAACAGGAUUUGAAGCUUAUUUUGUAGAUUUCAUUAUUUCCAUCAAAUACAAAAAUACACUGAUCAGUCACUACAUUAAAACCAUUGUUGUUAAAACCAUCACCUGUUUAAAUACAUGAUCAGGAUUAAGUUUCAUGGGACCAGAAACCUUAUAUAAGCUUCCAGUGGGUGUGAAGAACUGAUUUAAAAUCAACAUUUUUGAAAUAAAUCUCUCAAAUAGAAGUCAAACCUUUUUUCUUUUAAACCUUGUGAGUUUAUAUUAUUUAAUUUUGUCUUUAUACACUGAUGUAUUCGCUCACAGCACUGGAGGCACAACAGAUGUACAUGACCUCUGUGGGUGUAAUUGUUUGUCUUGGCAGUUUACAGUUUACACUUCUACAUCAGUUUUGUGCUGCAGGAUAUUAAACUGAAGUAUUCUAACUACUUAAA